AUGGGUCAAGGAUGCAAUGGUCAAGCAUUGGAAAGAGAUAGAGAGAGUCCAAACUGGUGGCACCCUGAAAGCGUUGACAUGGAUGUCCCCAACUACAGGACAACAUAUUUCACAACAUCAACCACUGGUGAAGGCAACCUUGGAUGUAUGGCAAAGGGUGGCCACACAGAUGGGCCUCACCUCCUUUCCAUCCCCUCUCUACCCACUCACAAACAACCCAGACUUCACCCCGGGCAUGGACCCACGGGCAUUCGCUUGCCUGAUUCAAGUGAGCUACAUGAGGACGGACAACACAAUCAAACUCCUCAGUGA